AUGAACGUGCCCGCCGUUGGCGCGACUCCUGUCGAUAAUAUCAGCGACGAUUCCUCCCAAGAUGAACGCAGCCAGAUUCGUGGCUUAGAAGAAGAUCAGGGUAUUUACCACCUUGAAGAAGUCGUUGUUCCUCCUCAGUCGGAGUCCGACGACGAUAUUGCACUACCUCACCACACUCAGUGGGAAGAAGCGGCUAUGCUCGGGACGGAAGAAUCAGCUAGUGCACGUUCUGCGCAGCUUUCUGCAAAUCAGAUGGCCACCUCCAAAACCGAAGAGAGUGGGAAUCAGAGCGCGGAAACUCCAUUAGAUUCGGAGUACGAAGAAGCAUUGAACUUGCCAGCCAGUAUCGCUUAUCCACCGUCGUCUCCGCCAGCCUAUCAGAGCCCUCCGUCAAUUCCGAAGACCGACGAGUCGAAAAGAAACCCUCCUCGGAAUACACUGAACGAUCUGAUUAUGUCCAAGGUGGCUUUGCCAUUCCAGCAAAUGAUGAAACGUGCUAGUCGUGCUGAUCAGGCCAGCGACAGCGAUAGUCAAGUUUCAGAGUACUCAGACUCGGAUUUCAACAACAUGCACGACUUUAAUCAAAGCGAACAACAGCUCUUCUCAUUCGUGGAUGCUUAUCGUCCUGAGGAAAUUCGUCCGCGCCCCCUAUUGCGACUUUUUAUCAUGGACUACAUGCCAGCUAUUGGCGACAUCGACGCUAUGAUCAAAAUUCCACGCCCCGACGAAGUUGAAGAUAAUAUUGGCAUCACUCAGUUAGACGAGCCAGCUAUCCAGCAAACCGACCCUACAAUCUUGGCUAUGCAGCUGCGGCGUACAAACAGAGAUAUAACAACUCAAGGUGACACACCCGUCAGACGCUUGGAGCGAGCCGACAAAUCCACCCAUGAAAUUGACAAAUGGAUCAGUAAUAUAAAGGAUCUUCACCGAACACGACCGCCUCAGUCAACUUUGCAGUUUGGCUAUAAUAUGCCAGAUGUCGAGAGUCUCAUGCAAGAAUUUCACCCUCUUUUCGAACAGUCGCUUGACGGUGUCAAGCUGCCUACAUCCGAGCUAGACGUCGAUCUUGAAGAGUAUGCCGACAUAUGCCUAGGAUUGCUCGAUAUUCCCAUAAAAGGUGGACGGAUACAAUCCCUUCACUGUUUAUUCUCUCUUUACCGAGAGUUCAAAAACUCCCAACACUUCAAAAAUCUAGCUCAGAAUGCGAACAAGAAACGGGAAAAUAUCGAUCGGAUGGAGCUUUAAGUGACUGCA